AGAGCUAAGAAGGCUAACUAAGCAUGGGGGACUGGAAUUUCCUUGGGGGCAUUCUGGAGGAAGUUCACAUCCACUCCACCAUGAUUGGAAAGAUCUGGCUCAGCAUCCUGUUCAUAUUUCGAAUGCUUGUUCUGGGUGUAGCAGCUGAAGAUGUCUGGAAUGAUGAGCAGUCUGGCUUCAUCUGUAAUACAGAACAACCUGGCUGCAGAAAUGUGUGUUAUGAUCAGGCUUUUCCUAUAUCCCUCAUUAGAUACUGGGUUUUGCAGGUGAUAUUUGUGUCUUCACCAUCCCUGGUCUACAUGGGCCAUGCUUUGUACCGACUGAGGGUUCUGGAGAAGGAGAGGCAGAUGAAGAAAGCUCAACUGAGAGGAGAACUGGAGGGGGUAGAGCUUGAAAUGCCUGGGGACCGGAAGAGACUGGAGCAAGAACUUUAUCAACUGGAGCAAUGGAAACUAAAUAAAGCUCCGCUCAGAGGAACCUUGCUUUGCACUUACGUGAUACACAUUUUCACUCGAUCUGUGGUUGAAGUUGGGUUCAUGAUUGGACAGUAUCUUCUAUAUGGAUUUCAUUUAGAGCCUUUAUAUAAAUGCCAGGGCCAUCCGUGUCCAAAUAUAAUUGAUUGUUUUGUCUCUAGACCUACAGAAAAGACGAUAUUUUUAUUAUUUAUGCAGUCCAUAGCUACUGUCUCAGUUUUCUUAAAUGUUCUAGAAAUUUGCCACCUAGGUUUUAAAAAGAUUAAAAGAGGGAUUUGGGGACAAUAUAAAUUGAAGGACAAGCAAAAUGAAUUCUGUACAAACAAGUCAAAACAAAACCUUGCUAAAUAUCAAAACACAUCUGCAAAUUCACUGAAGCGACUCUCUUCUGCACCUGAUUACAGUCUGUUAGUGGAGAAGCAAACACACAGAGCAGUGUACCCUAGUUUAAAUUCAUCUGUAUAUCAGACAGAUCCUGAUAGUCACCGUGGAAAUGAUGAGAGAGGCAUUUCGAAUGAACAGGAAACUGUACUUUCCAACAAGAUGUGCACACUUAGUACUGCCUGUAGUCAUCUUCAAAACGUCAGCUCAAGUAAUAAAGAAGACACUCAUAAAAUCUCUGGAAAAGAAGUUAAUGGUAACCAGGUGAGGGGAAAAAGAGAAAGUGAUGGCGAAGACAGCAAAAGGAACCACUACCCUAGAGGUUACCAUUCUAUUCCAGGUGAUGCUAUAGAUCUGAAUGAUCAUACCGGACAGUCACCCCAAACAGCUUUCUCUUUGCCUGCUAACUGCACCUGGAAACCAAAGUGGUUUUGUGCUACAUGGGGUCCCUCUGCAGAAAAUGAAAAUCAGGCAUUACCUCCUAAAGGUAACCUCAAGGGCCAGCUCAGAGAGAAUCCAGUCAGAACCCUUCCUCCUUCACCGGGAGACUUCCAACCACCUGACAUUCCAGACACUCCUGAUUCUUUGGGAGUGUUGUCCUUUGAAUCUGAGUUGGUCAGAACCUGUGACAACCCUGCUGCGAGUCCUCCACAACAUUCUGUGUCACUGACAAACAACCUCAUUAGUAGGCGGGCUCCCACCGACCUUCAAAUCUGAAUGGCUGUUGGCUUUUAGACAUUCUACAUAUUACAUUAUUACAGAAGUAGCCUAGUGACCGUGAAGCAGACAGAACAGAUAAGAGCAGCUAGGAAGACCAGAUGUUUAGCCAGACAACUGCAAACCCAUUUAAAAAAGGGAAAAUGGCUCUAAUUCUGAACUGGGAAAGGAGUAGUUUCAAGUGCAAACACAGUUACCAAAUUGGGAUUACUUUUUCACGGGCUCUCUUCAAAAUAUGUGAUAACUAAUUUUGGGAAAAAUCACAUGUUCAGAAUCGAAGCUAAAUGGAACCAGGUUUUUCCUUGAAGGGAGCACAGCAUUCAGAGAUUGUUCUUGAUGUAUGUAAUACCCUCUUUUAGUUAUUCAUCUUUUAUUUCUGGAUACCAGUUAAAUCUUGCCCCUGGGACUGUAGUCUAUAGUUUCCUUAGAGACUGCAACCUAAUGUGUCUUGAAUAUAAUCAUAAUGUUGCUAUCUAGUAAAUAAAAACU